AUGCCAUUCACACACCAUGACUAUACGGUCGCGUGGAUCUGUGCCUUGCCGCUGGAAAUGACAGCGGCCAUGACGAUGCUGGACAAUCUCCACUGCCCACUGUCCCAGCCCAAAUCCGACCACAACGCCUACACAUUUGGUAGCAUUAGUGGACACAAUGUAGUGAUAGCCUGCCUACCGUCAGGCGUUUACGGAACCACUUCUGCAGCAGUCGUGCUCGCUCAAAUGCUUCCGACAUUUCCGUCUCUUCGAUUUGGGUUGAUGGUGGGCAUCGGGGGCGGUGUACCGAGCAAAGAUGCCGACAUUCGCCUGGGAGACGUGGUUGUCAGCAUUCCAACUGCAAUCUCUGGGGGCGUGGUCCAGUAUGACUAUGGGAAAACACUUUGUGAUGGAUGUUUCGUACGCACUGGGUCGCUCAAUAAGCCACCGCAAUGUUUGCUCAAUACAAUAUCUAAAAUGCGCAGUAAGAAUAUGGGUGGGAACACAGUGAUUGAAGAAACCAUAUCAAAGAUACUUCUGAAAAACGAAAAGCUUCAGAAACUAUUUUCACGCCCAGAUAAAGAUUGGCUGUUCCAGGCGAAUUAUGACCAUGAAGGCACGAGUGCCGACUGCUCAAAGUGUGAUAUGGACCAACUUGUUGUGCGCAAAACGCGAGAAUCCAAAGAGCCCGUCAUUCAUUAUGGUCUGAUUGCUUCCGGCAACCAAGUCAUGAAAAGUGCCAAAACACGAGACGCUAUUGCCCGAAAGCUGGAUAUCCUCUGUUUUGAAAUGGAAGCAGCCGGGCUUAUGGAUCAGCUUCCGUGCCUGGUAAUACGCGGAAUUUGUGACUACAGUGAUUCUCAUAAGCACAAGGAAUGGCAGGGCUUUGCAGCUCUUGCUGCAGCCGCAUACACAAAAGAACUGCUAUCGGCUGUCCGACUAGCAAGUAACACCAUGCUUCCAAAACAAGUCGUCGAAUUCAGUGAGAAGCAGAAGGCAUGUCUCGCAAAACUAUUCGUAACAGAACCAGAAGAGGACCUGAACGAACUCAAAACUUGGUUUCGCCCAAAAAAGGCUGCGAGCGAUAUAGAGGAAAACGUCUUAUGGCUAUACGGCAAUCCUGGGAUCGGCAAAUCCACAAUGGCUAUGACGCUUGCAGAAGAACUACCGAAGAAAGACUAUUUUCUCGAUGACGAUAGCAUUCUCUCUUUCUAUUUCUGCGAUGCCGGCUCUGAACCUCAGAGAAAGGGCACUUCCAUACUGCGAGGCCUUCUCUACCAAAUCAUCAAACAAUACCCAGCUUUCAUUGAACAAGUAUUUUCAAAGUAUGAAAUCCAGGGUGAGCGGCUCUUUACAUCUUUCGAUGCAUUGUGGGCGACGUUGUUGGAUAUCGGCCGAGCCUCUCAGGGUGGCGAGAUAUAUUGCAUCGUUGACGCUCUUGACGAAUGUGAACCCGAAUCACGAGAUGUAAUGCUUCAACUGACUCACCAAUCGUUCAAAGAAGCAAGGGAGACCAGUUCAGUCCCAUCCAGCGUGCAUUUGUUGAUAAUCAGCCGUCCAUAUCCCGAGAUCAAUGAGUGUCUAGACAACUUCAGACGCGUAGACUUGGGUACAUACAAGGAGAUAGCCAAUGACCUGAGAGACACGAUCAAAGACAAAGUGCAGGAACUUACGAGGCAAAAGAAGUACUCCGAGUCUGUCGCACGGGAAGUCUUACGGAUACUGAAAGAAAAGGCCGAUGGGACAUUUUUAUGGGUGGGAAUUGCCUGUGAGGAAUUGAAACGGGUGCAGUCAAGGAAAGCAGUCGAGACACUGCGGGCUCGACCGCGCGGAUUAAAUCCCUUAUAUAAAACCCUGCUUAGUGCAGCCACCGAAGCCAGCGAUACAAACGAUUAUCCGCACAUGAAGAUGGUGUUGGUAAUUGUCACAUUUGCGUUACGACCACUCACAGUAGUAGAAAUAGCUGAAGCUUGUCGAUUAUAUUUGGAAGAGGAUAUAGUUACUCGCCUCCAGUUCACCCGAGAAAUUAUUGACUUGUGUCGCUUGUUGCUUGUUGUCAACAAUGGCUACGUGCGGUUGCUGCAUACAUCUGUCCAGGACUUUCUAAUGACCGAGAUGCAUGAAAUCAAAGUUGACAGAUCUCAUUAUGAACUGUCAAGUCGUUGUAUCGAGGUAAUUCUCCAAUAUUACCGGUCAGAUAUGGAUAGGUCAUCCUUGGAGCCCACGGACGGAUUCCUGAGUUAUUCGGUGCUACAUUGGCUACACCACGCAUGCUUGGCUCGAAAGGAAUUCGCCGUCCAAAAGGACCACGAAAGGUUCUUCAAAAAACCGCUCGACGCAUGGGAAUACUGGCUGAAUAAUUACAACCAUUUAUCAAGAAGCCUAUGGGGCGGUUUGGGGACGAACAUAUCUCCUAUUCAUGUCGCAGCUCGCUGGGGAAUAAUCCCAUUGAUCUUCAAACUUCUCGAAGAGAGAUUGGAAGACAAGGAUAUUCACGAAACACCACCACUGCUUGUUGCGACCAAACAUACUCAGUAUGACGCAAUUCGUGUCUUAGUUGAUUGCGGCGCGUUUCUGGAUGCUCUGAACGACGAGCACCAAAACGUUCUUCACGUUGCUUGCAAAAACAUUCGUUUCAAAGAUUCUGAAACUAUCAAGUUCCUUCUCGACAAAGGAGCUUCUCCGUAUCUCUGUGAUGAAUACAACAUGAUACCCUUUCUUUAUGCAAUUGGGAACAGACAGGAGAAACUCGCUCGAGCUUUUCUCCAGGAUGGUUUUGACCUCAAUACCAGGGUUCGAAGGCGAUCAUGGCCGGGGAGGAAAACAGUGAUCAUGUUUCCAUACACAAUGUCUGAACGCCAGGAAAAUAAAUUAGAAUCUAAACUGACGGCGCUUCAUUUCUGUGCCCUAAAUGCGAGUAUAGACAUGACCGCAUUCUUACUUCGAUGUGGAGCCGAUCCAAAUGCCCGUUCUAGUUUUGGCGAUACUGCGCUACAUAUUGGCAUUAGGGGCCGGCUUCUCGGCCGCAAGAACGAUGACGAAUGGCAGAAUAGCCAGUAUUCUAUUGAGUCAUUGAGGGAUUUGAUCACGGAUCAUGAAAGCUCAGAAGCUUUUGAUAUCUACCAAGCCAUCGAAGAUGCUAGGAUACGCAUUGUCGAGACGCUUCUUGAGAGCAAGUCCAUCAAUCUCAACAUGGCUAACAAUCAAGGGGAUUACCCUCAGCAUGUGAUCGACUUCGAUCGGCCUUAUGCGGCGUCUAUUCUUGACAGACUUGUAGAAAGAGGAGUAGAUAUCUCUCAACCAAACCGAGCUGGUCAGACGUGCCUUCAUCUUGCCAGUAUAGCAGGGAACUUGGAAGUUAUCCGCAAACUAGUCGAAGGAAAUCAUGAUAUUACGCUGCAAGACGCCAAUGGGCUGAGCUCGUUCCACUAUGCACUUUCCCACGGUAGUUUGGAGGUCCUGCAGUUUAUCUCAAGCGCUUGUGAUUCUCUGACUUUGGAGACUUGGCAUUCUAUCGACCACUUUGGCAAAACGUCAACCAACCUGACGGGGAAGGAAACUCUCCCCUGA